UCCGACAGAAAACCAUGAACAAUUAUCAUAAACUUGUCUUCUUUAUUGGGGUUUUAACCUUGAUCAGUUUGGUUCAAGUUUCAGAUGCUUCUGUUGUUUCAACAGGAGACUUCAACAAGGAUUUCUUUGUCAUUUGGUCUCCUAGCCAUGUCAAUACUUCUGCAGAUGGCCAUGCAAGAAGCUUGAAGCUUGAUAAGGAAUCAGGUGCUGGUUUUGCUUCAAACCAGUUAUUCCUGUUUGGGCAGAUUGACAUGCAAAUCAAACUAGUAACAGGCCAUUCUGCAGGCACAGUUGUGGCCUAUUAUCUAACUUCUGAUCAACCUAAUCGCGACGAGGUCGACUUUGAGUUCCUGGGAAAUGUGAGUGGGCAGCCAUAUAUCCUUCAAACCAAUGUUUUUGCAGACGGGUUUGACAACAGGGAAGAGAGGAUUUAUCUAUGGUUUGAUCCAACAGAGGACUUCCACACCUAUUCCAUACUCUGGAACCUUCACCAGAUUGUAUUCAUGGUGGACUGGGUGCCCAUAAGAGUGUACAGAAACCAUGCAGACAAGGGGGUGGCCUUUCCCAGAUGGCAGCCAAUGAGCAUCAAAAUCAGCCUAUGGAACGGCGACAGCUGGGCGACCCGAGGUGGAAAGGACAAGAUUGACUGGACAAAGGGCCCAUUCAUAGCCUCAUUCAGGAACUACAAGCUUGAUGCCUGCAUUUGGGGGGGGAAUGCAAGGUUUUGCAGGGCAGAUAGCACUACAAAUUGGUGGAACAAAGAAAGGUUCAGCUCUCUAACAUCAACCCAGAGAAGGCUUUUCAAAUGGGUUAGGAAACAUCAUCUCAUUUAUGACUAUUGCCAAGAUAACAAGAGAUUCCAAAACAACCUUCCAAAGGAGUGCUUUCUUCCCAAGUACUGAUGGCAAAUGAAGAUUUUCGAUUUCCAUUGUUUUUAAAUUGUUUAAUUUCUUGUUUUUUUUGUUGAUUAAUUUAGUGAUGAUUUGUUAUAGCUCUUAGAGCCAAGUUGGGGAAAGUAUCUUUUAUGAAUCAUACAUGCUUGGAAGUCAAGUAAUUUGGGAUUUGGUAA